GGCCCAGACACCUGCCCGUGCGUAACCUGGACACCCGGGUCCCCUGACUGCCUGGGUCCCCCGCCCACGUGUGACCCGGACUGCCUGGGUCCCAGACGCCUGGGAUCCCUGUUCCCUGUAUGACCCACAUGCCCGGGUCCCCGACCGCCCAAGUCUCAGACACCCAGGUACCCUGUGCCAGUAUGACCCGGAUGCCUGGGUCCCAUGACUGCCGGUCUCCCGGGCACCUGGGUUCCCUCUUUGAGCCGCACCCGGGUCCUUGGGUCCUGUGCGCGUGUCUGCGAGAGACUCGGACGCCUGGGUUCCCUGGCUCUCUGCCCCCCGGCUCUUCCUCCCCACCAGCAAUGACCCAGCCCAGCCAAACGCAGCCCCCCACCCCUGAUUGGACAGACCCACACAGGGAGGAGCCCAGUAUGUCCCAGUCUGAAAUGGGCCGGGGGCCAAACUCCCACUGCUCUCAGCCCCCAGCCCCAGGGCCUCUCCCAGACCUGGAGAGAACCAGACGUCCGGGCUCCCAGCCCCCCACACCCAACACUGGUCUUGGGGAGGUUGAGGGUCUGGAGUGAGGGACCCUCACUCUGGCCCACAGCCCUCCCCUGCCCUAUUAACCCCUCAAUUCCCCCCAAAGACACCUUCUGGGUCCAUCCGGUUCUGGCCCCGGCGGGCCUUGUUGGGGGCCAUCGCCUGCCUCCUCCUCCCCGAGGGUCUCACGCUCCCUGGUGUGGGCUGGGGCCAGCUUCUCAGCAGGUGCAAUGGGGCCCGGCCAGCUCUGAGUGGAAACAGCUGCAUUGAACAGCCCACCCACAAGGGUUCACUGGGAGUUGUGGUGCAGCCAGCUCUGGGGCAGAGCUGUCUGUGUGUAACAGCCCAUAGGAAGGGCCAAGAUACACCAAGCUCUGUGGGAGAACAGCCCGUAUAAUGCAGCUGAGGAGGGCCUGAUUUGGAGCCAAGAUGUGCCCAGCUCUGGGGUGGAGCCGUCAGGGGACGGCCACAAUAAAUGGUCCAUAAGAAGGGCUGAGAUGCACCCAGCUCUGGGGGCAGGGGAGCAGUGGGGUAUAACACUAUGAUCCUGCCCUGCUUUAACCCUCUUUCUCCCCCCUGCCAGGGCUUCUCAGCUUCCAGCUCUGGCCCCCACCAUGGGGCCCUCAUGCCCGGACCCCAAAGACCCAGUGGGGGUGGAGCCUAGGUCGGUGGGGGUGGGGUGACUCCAUUGGGACCCUAACCCUGCCCCUGGGUUGGGGGUCUCCUUGAGACCUGGGUUCAGUGUGCAUGUGUGUGUGUGUACGUGUGUGCACCUCAACACCUGGAUUCCCUGUGGGAUUGUGUCCCAUCGCCCCUACAGGUGCCCUGUGUACAGAGGAUAGUGGGUAUUUUUGUAUGGGGGGGACAAUAAAUGAUAGUUGUCUUGGAAACCAGCAUCUUCUUCUCAGCUGCCCCCAUCUUUCCCCCCACCCGAGGUGCUGGGAACAGGCCCUGCUCAGUGGCGGGGCCAUAGGGGCGGUGAUGUUAGGCCUGGAUGCAGCUGGCUCUGGUGGGGAGCAGCUCAAAUUGCAGCAUAGAACACCUGCCCUCCCCCGCCAAACCCACAUGCACAGGAAGAGGCUAGGAGGGGGUGGGGGGCAGGUUAGAAGCAUCAAGGGCGGCUGGGGACAGACCAACGAGACCUUGUCUCCCCUGAGGAUCUGCAGAGACCCCCAAAAGCCAGGGCCAUGCCAGGCUGGGGGGUGGCUGCCUGCCUGCUAGCAGGGCUAGGGGAGAUGCUACUUCUCACGGCGCUGAGCACCGAGUACUGGAUGCUGAGCCGCGGGCCCCAGCACACGGGACACAGCGGGCUCUGGCAGGUCUGCGUCACCGGAAUGCAAGAGACCUGCGACACCCCCACGGAUGUCACCGGCACAGUCCAGGCCACACGGAUCUGCCUGGUGCUGGCAGCGGUGCUGGGGGUGCUGUGCACAGUGCUGGCUGUCGCUGCUGUCACCUCCUGCCCCUGCAGGGACUCCGGCGUUGGGCCAGGCGCCACCAUCGUCAGCUUUGCUGCAGGGGUGCUGGGGCUGGCGGCCAUGGUGGUGUUCACAGCCGGCGUCUGGGACUCCACCGCAUCCUCCCAGGUUCAGAGAAGCUUCGGCUGGUCAUUCAGCCUGGGCUGGGCUGGGCCCCCUGCCCUGCUGCUUGCAGGUGUCUGCAGCCUGCUGCUGCAUCUCCGCCGUGGCCCCUACAGCCACAUCUGACCCCACUGGGAAUGGCUGGGGGGGUGGUUGCCCCCACAGCCCCACCCUCAGUCCCCCUCAGUCUAAAUAAACCCCUCUGUCAGCA